AGGCUCCCAUGAGCUGUGCAAUUAACGCAUGUGCGCUUCGUUAACCUAAAAAUCGACCUGAAAACCGUGCUGCAGAUGAUCGUCAUUUGAGACAAAAUAAUACAUGAGAGUACAAGUGCGGUGACAAUAACAAAAGUGACAAUGUCGAAAUCAAAACACAAUGUAAGAGACCUGACUAAAGCGAAGUUUGACAAAUGGCAUGAAGAAUUUCCUAAAACAGAUGACAUCAUUGCAUCUGGUAAAACCGAAUUGGAAAUUAUGGAGCUGAAAGAUGAGGCUAAAAAGUGUUUAGACUCAGAUACAGCAGCUUUCAAUUUGAAGCAAUCAAAGUUGGGAAAGUCAGAUUUUUCCUGGAUGAAGAUGUUCUUGUCUAAAGGUACUGUCGCAGACAAGGUCGCAGCGUCUGUCAUACUGAUUCAAGACAAUCCGAAGUACAAUUUAUCGCGGCUAAGUAAUCUCGUAUCGAUGGUUAAAGUUUCUAAAAAGAAACAAUGCACAAUGAUCAUAGAUACGUUGCAGGAAUUAUUCUCCUCGGACUUACUACACCCAAACUACAAGUUGUUUACAUUCGAGCAGCAAAAUUUCAUCCUGUUGAACGAUAAGCUUUUUGCCAACAAUCCUAUCAAACGAAGGCAGCUACUUGCUCACUGGUAUUUUGAGGACCAGCUCAAGAUGUGCUACUCUCAAUUCAUCGACGCAUUGAACACUGUUUCUCAUGACACGGUUGAUGCAAAUAAAGAAAAAGCUAUUACCAACAUGUACAAAUUGUUGGCUAAAAAUGCUGAGCAAGAAGAAAAGCUCUUGGCACAUAUUGUGAACAAAAUUGGUGACCCAAGUGCCAAAGUUGCCUCCAAGGCGGUAUUUUGCUUGGGGCAAUUGUUGGAUGAGCAUCCGAACAUGAAGCAAGUAGUCCUGAACGAAGUGGAAAAGUUAUUGUUCCGAAAAAAUAUAACGCCAAAAGCACAAUAUUAUGCAAUCUGCCUGCUGACACAAUUUGUUCUUGAUGACGAAUGUAAAGAGGUAGCAAAUAGUUUGAUAUCGCUAUACUUUAGCUUUUUUAAGGCUUGCCUCAAGAAAGGAGAAGUUGACUCUAGGAUGAUGGGAGCUCUGCUCAUGGGAGUAAAUCGUGCCUUUCCAUUCUCACAAAUGGAUCCAAAAAAGCUGGAGGAGCAUAUUGAUACUAUAUACAAAGUUGUGCAUAUCGGGUCCUUUAACGUCAGUUUAAACGCUCUCAGUCUACUGCAUCAAAUCAUUGGCAAAGAAGAUAAGCAAUCUAAUCGAUUCUAUUGUGCUAUGUAUAAAAAGCUCAUGGAUCCACAUAUUGCAACAACAACUCAUCAAGCGAUGUUUCUUAGUCUGCUGUAUAAAGUUCUCAAAAAAGAUACUAGCAUUAUACGCACAAAAGCAUUCAUCAAAAGAAUACUGCAAAUUUCAAUUUACUUACCUACGAAUAUGAUUUGCGCUAUACUUUAUAUGAUCUCACAAGUAUUUAAAGCUAAACACGGUGUCUACAUUGGAAUGUUCAAAAAAAAUCAUGACAUUGCUACUUUGAGAAAUACAAAUAAUGAGAUAUUGCUUAAUGAUAGUGAAGGAGAAAUAAUGGAAAAGGACGAUUCGAAAGAUAAAGAAAAAGGAGAAGAAAAAGAAGAAGAAGAAGAAGAAGAAGAAGAAGAAGAAGAAGAAGAAGACAGCGAAGAAAAAGAAGAUAAGACUACUGUCACAUUAUCUAACGUCACAGUAACACCAAUAGAAAAUUUGCUGGAAACUGUGGAGCCAAAAAUUGAAGUAAAAGAAGAAAAUAUUAAAGCAUAUAAUCCUUUUCACCGGAAUCCACUUUAUUCAGGUGCCAACCUGAGUUAUUAUUAUGAACUUUGGCCUCUCACAUUUCAUUUUCAUCCAACGGUGACUCUUUUUGCAAAUACAAUAAUCAAAGGAAAACCAAUCGUCUACACUGGUGACCCACUUCAAGAUUUCACCUUGAUUAGAUUUCUUGACAGAUAUGUGUUCAAAAAUCCAAAGAAAUUGGAAGAAAAAAAAAUAUUGAUUAACCAAAAAAAUCCUCUUGCUAAGCGUUCAUCUUAUUUGGCGAAAGGUGUGAAGUCAAUGCCAGUGAAUAGUAAGAUGUAUCUAAAUGAAGAUGAGAAUAAAAUACCAGCAGACGAGUUAUUUCUAUACAAUUAUUUGAAGAACCGAAAUGUGAUGACUCAACAUGACAACGAAGACAACGAUGAAGAUGAUGACUUAGAGAGCGUAAACAGCGAGGAAUUUAACACAAUGCUGGAUGGACUUAGUAAAGACAAAGAUUUUGAUGAUAUUGAUAUUGCCGGUGAAAUAAGUGCUUCGAAAAAAAAGAGGAAAAAAGGCGAAGAGGAAAGCGAAAAUGAAUCAUCAGAUGACAACGAUGUCAAUGAAGAUAGUGAUGAAUCUGUUGACCAAGACAAUAAUGGAUCUGAAGACGAGAUACUAAGUGAUAUGGAGCAAGACGAUGAAGAUGACCUUGAGGGUAUUGACGACGAGGAUCUUAGUGACAUGGACUUUGAUGAUGACGAUGAAGACCAGUCUGAUGAGUCCUCUUCCCAUCAAACCAGCAAAAGCAAGAAGAGGAAAAAAUCGGAUUAUGAUCAAAAUGUCUUUGCUGCUGCAGAAGAAUUUGCAGAGCUUCUGGAUCAGGAAGGUACCUCAAAAUCUAAACACGGUGGAGCAAAUACUUUGAGCAACGUUGAUAAAGCAGCGGUAAAACAACUGGACUGGGAAGAGAAAAGGCACAGAUGGAUCAAAGGAUAUAAUAAGAGCAUAGGAAAAUCAAAACCUAGGACUGGUUCACAAAGAAAGGGUGUUAAAAGAUUUAAAAAACGAUGAAUUAGAAUGGAUUAAUAUAAAUAAAACGCAUCAAUGACUCGUGUUCAUUAUGUAAAGUGGCUUGAAAAAAACAACUAAAUGUAUUAUUUAAAAUUUAUUCACGUUAUGAAGUGAGUUUUCAAGAUCCGUAAAUGACUUAUGUAAUUUCAAUGUCAGAUAAUUGAGUUUUGCUGCGAACUUGAACACCAAGUAAGCUAGUUCAUUUUGGUUCUGCAUUAUUUUUGGUUGGAAGCAACCCAGGUACUAUAGGUUUUCUUUUUCUUUGUUUUUCCAAUAGCGAAAAUUGAUAAUACGCAACGAUACCACAUUAUUUUAUCUUUUCAGUAAUCGACAACGUUUGUCUCCAUCUCGACCUCACCAUUCUAAUACUGAUCCCAUAUAUACGAAAUAUUAUAACAAUGAAUAAAAAUCAACUUAAUAAUUUUCCAUUAUAGUAUAUAUGAAUAAUGGUUCGUUUUUUUUUUCGCAGAAAUACUCGGCACAAUUAUCGUAAUUAUGUUUUACGUUCAUCAGUCUUUUAAGUAGAAACAUAAGUUGUACGCUUCGAAAUUAAAGUGAAGAAAUUUUUACAUGAAAAUUAA